AUGGGGGGAGGGACGAAGAGAGGCGGCGGCGUGGUUGAUGAGCCGGAGGACAAGUCCAGCAAGCGUCGCAAGAUCUGCAACGUCGCCAAGGAAGACGUGCUUCCCCUCGCUGUCUUCUCCCACCUACCGGCUCGCGACGCCGCUCGUGGCGUCGUACUCUCCAAGCGGUGGAGGGAGAUCUUGACCGGGGGCGACUUCUGGGCCAAUCACUACCAGCGCCCCAGCAAGGAGGUAUGCCUAGCCUAUCUCGACCGCGGCCAUAGGCUCCCGUUCAAGUUCAGUCUCUACGGGCUCGAGGGAAAGCACGCCUUCUAUCUUGUUGCCGCCGGCGACACGUUUCCUAUCUCUCACGGCCUGCCCGUCGCCGGCACCGAGCUUUCGUACAGGUUCUUUGGGUCUUGCAACGGCCUUGUUGCCUUCGAGCAGCGCGGGCUGAGCGAUUCCUCUAUGACAUGUCUCGUGGCCAAUCCUGCAACGUCUCAACACUUGACCGCUCAGCUCUUAGAUCUGGGCACCUUCUCCUGGAUGCUCGCCUUCGGGUAUGAUCCUAAGGAAGAUAAGUAUAAAGUGUUCGUUCAGUGUGGCAGUGAUGUACAUGUCGUGCCCCUUACCCUGAGCGGCACCGACGGCAGCAGGCCUGUCACUGUUCUACCUAAUGUGGCUCACGACUUGGACAAAUUGCAAAACAACACCUACUCGCUGUGCAUUGAAGGAAACUGCUAUGUUCUGCUAUCCCCCAGGGAUGAUGGUACCGGGUCUCAAUCCAGCAAGGAAAAACUUCUCGUGUUCCAUGUGCAGAGCGAGUUGGUGACCAGCAUUGACACGCCAGAGGAUGGCACCCUGUUUUCAGGCAUAAUGGAGAUGGGUAAGAGUGUGUGCGUUGCGACUUUGUCUCGCGACCGCCCGGAGAUAACAUUGUCUGUUCUGAACUCUGGUCUUCUCUGGGAGCGGAUGUGCUGUUUGAGCGUCUCACCAUCACCAGGAGGAAGGGGGCCUGGACUGCUUGGGGCCUGGCAAUGCAAACAACGCCUCGUGCUUUGGUUCCGCGAGCAUGGUCUUGCGUUCUACAAUCUCAGUCCGGCGAAUCUCGUUGACGCCGUGCACGGGUGCACACAGACAUGUAGCUUGGAGGGCUACCAAGAGGAAAAUCAUAAGUUACUGCAGCAUCUCCACAAGCGAUACCACUUCUGCUGGGGAUACCGGCCAACACUUGUUGCGCCCGGCAGUGUUAUCGGCAAGGUCUGCGUGACCAAGGCGGAAGAUAACAUUCUCGCUUCUAUAACCUCAGGACGGAUUGUCCCGGAGGAGCCGCACAUGGAGUUGCUUCAAGCUGUGGCGAGCGCUGUACUCUCCUUCCUGGGCUGA